AUGGCGGAAUUGCCCGGUACCCAGACCUCCAGCUCUACUUCCGAUCAUAAUAAAUCUUCUGAAGAAGUAGAGUCUCUAAAUAAGCAAACCCAGGUACGAGCAUUCCAUGGCUUACAAUCACCUAAUGGUGAUGUUCAGAUGUUCCCGUUCAUGUACCCUGCACUUGUUCCUCAGUUAUAUUCCCAGCAGGACCAGGAACAUAUGAAUCAUGGACCUGGCCUUUAUGCUGUUCCUGUUCUACCAGUCGCGCAGCCUAUUACAGGAUUUACUUCCAAUACUCUUAUUCCAUUUACCUACAAUGUACCUGUUGAACGCAGUUCUCCAGAGACUGGAGCAGCGGGUGAUGUGCAAGGACAAGUAGGUGAGCAACCACAGAACCAGCAACAACAACAGCUUGGACCCCAGGGACAAGUUAUUGUGCGAAGAUUUCAAAUUGUAUUUCAUCUUGAUAUACCGCUUAUCUUAAAGCUGGCAGCUGUGAUUUUCUUGUUUAGCCAAGAUGGAUCAAGACAAAGGCUUACUCUCCUUGUGAUUUUUGCUUCACUUGUUUAUUUUUAUCAAACUGGAGUUCUUGCACCAUUAGUACGAUGGCUUUCACAAGGAAUGCAGAGGGCAGCUGCACCUCCCGAACCACGCAGGCAAGCUAUCAGGGCAGAGAAUGUUCCAGCUGCUGAAAGGGAAGCAAAUGAGGCUGCAGGGGGGCAACCUGAAGGUCAGAAUGAGAAUCUGCAAGCCAACGAUGGAAAUAGGGCAUUUGAGAAUGAACAUGAAGUGGAACAUGCUGAAGGUGAUGUUGGGAAUCGCCGCUGGUGGGGAAUUUUGAAGGAGAUCCAAAUGAUCGUCUUCGGGUUCAUCACUUCACUUCUCCCGGGCUUUCACAACAUAGAUUAG